GGGAACUGGAUUUGUUUUAAAGCACCAGAGAUGUUAAAUGUGCCAUCUCAGUCUUUUCCGGCAGCUGGAUCCCAGCAGAGAGUCGCACCAGCCGGUCAGUCCAGAAAUAAGGUGGCGCUAAAGCCGGGUCACAGUCUCCUGGACUGGAUCCGACUGACCAAGAGUGGACGCGAUCUGACCGGACUGAGAGGUCGACUGAUUGAGGUGACAGAAGAGGAGCUGAAGAAACACAACACCAGAAACGACUGCUGGACCUGCAUUAGAGGUAUGGUCUAUAAUGUGAGUGCCUACAUGGAUUUCCACCCUGGUGGGGAGGAGGAGCUGAUGAGGGCUGCUGGGAUUGAUAGCACUGAGCUGUUUGACCAGGUCCAUCGGUGGGUGAAUUAUGAGUCCAUGCUGAAGGAGUGUCUGGUGGGGAGGAUGGCAGUGAAGCCCAGUCCUGCUCUUCAAGGUUCUGUCAGCUCUUUUGAUAGUAGAAAAUAAUUCAGUUUGUCUGUCCCUCCACCUUCAAGACAGGAGCCUUUAUCUGCUCCUCUCCCUGCCAAAGAUCAUCGCCCUCGAUAUGAUUGGUUCCAGACAGAUGGCACUGUCAAUAUCAUUGUUUACACCAAACGAAAGAUUCCCAGUGCUGGCUGUUCAGUGGUGGAUCUUCAGGGAGAUACUCUUCGGGUGGAGAUGCUUUUAGGGGGGAUGUCUUACCUUCUCUACUGGCGCCUAUCUAGUGAAGUUCAAGGACGUGUUGAUGUCCAGACAUCCCACACUGUAGGAAAAGUUCAGGUGUGUCUGCACAAAUCUGUGAAAGACAAGUGGAUGAAAGUGGGGCAACCACUAGAACACCAUGACACAUUUAUUCAGUGUAAAGAUCGUGAGCUCUUCUACAGGGAAUGUGUGUUGGUUUCGAAAUCAGACGUCACACACGACACGCAGGUCUUGUGUUUACAACUUCCUCCAGGGUCACAUAUGCAAGUUCCUGUGGGGAGACACGUCUACCUCAAAACAUCUCUCCAGGGUACAGAUGUUGUGAAACCCUACACACCAGUGGAUCAGUCGCUAAUACCUUCCUCACAAUCCAGUGCUGAAAUGGGCUCAGACUUAAAUCUUAUGAUAAAGCUGUAUCCUGAUGGAUUGUUGACCUCACAUCUCGCCAGCCUUCCUAUUGGAUCCUCUCUGUCGGUAGGUGGUCCUGAGGGGUCCUUCAGUACGCGAAUCCUGCAUGAUGUCACUCAUCUCUACAUGUUAGCAGCCGGCACAGGCUUCACACCCAUGGCUCGUCUCAUACGGCUGGCUCUACAAGACCUCACAUCAAUCAGAAAAACCAAGCUGAUGUUCUUUAACCGUCAGGAGCGGGACAUACUUUGGUGCUCUCAGCUGGAUGAACUUUGUACAAAAGAGGAAAGGUUUGACGUGGAGUACGUUCUGUCAGAGCCUACAGACUCUUGGAAAGGCAGAAGAGGGCGGAUAGAUGCUUGUAUGCUGCAGAACUUCCUGGAGAGACCAGAAAAAGCCAAGUGUUUAGUGUGUGUGUGCGGCCCAGCCAAAUUCACAGAGUUAGCAGUGCAAUUGGUCAGACAGCUGGACUUCAGUGAAGAGGAAAUUCACAUUUUUCAGGGCUGAUUGGGACCCUGAAGUGAAACAUGGAUUUCUUAUACACAUACUUGCGGAUUAUAUCUAUGCAUAUAAAAUGCACUUCCCAGUCAAAACAAAAGCUGUAACGCCAUUCUUUUUUGUAGAAAUCUAUUGGCACAAUCAAAAGCCUGCACUGACAAACAUCAGAAGUUUGUUUCUCAACAUUUCUGUUAUUAUUAACUAUUAUAUUAUUUUGUAAUUUAAAAUAAUGCUCAAUAAUUCUCCUAUGUUAGUUUUUGCAAUGAAAAAUAUGAUCAGUUGGUGUUUUCAGAUACAUUCAUGACAUGGAAGAUUUAGAGCACUUGUGUAAUGCAGCUAAAACAUAACAUAACUGAGGAAGCAAUACAUGCAAACAGUUUUGUUGCUGUGUGUUCACAUAGCAAAUUGAAAUGGCUCAGUAAAUCAGGAUGCAAGAGAUGGGUUAUUUUACAAGUAAAGUUAUUGCUGUGUGGAAAUGCUAAUCUGACUGCCGUUUUUUUAUUUUUAAGUUUAUUUUAUCUCAGUGUAUGUACAGAUAAAAUUGUAAUAUGUUAAAUUAUCAAACUGGAAUGCAGUUUCCCUACUGAAAUGUAAACUACAUAAAUAUAGUUUGUGAACUGAAAUCUGUAAA